UAAAUAAAGUUGACCUUGACCUUGUUCUCCGCGUAACGUCCCGUCCCGCAUCCCGCCGUCAAUUUUGAAACUAUCCGGCGCCCAAAAUGAGCAAAUCCAGCUCUCGUCGAAGUACUUUUAUCCCGCGUCCCGCCAUACCUAUGUAACCGAUUUGGAGAACUUGCUUGUUAUGUUGUGUCGGCUGGCAACAAGUUACAAUUUUGGCCAAAACCGCGUUGAGACAAAUCCAGAAUCCGCACUUUGUAAAAUUAAGGCCCCUAAGACUCCUCAAAAAAUCACAUUCUUCUUACCCGCCAAUUAUUCAAUGUUAUUUGUUUGUGACUUAAUGUACACUGGUUCACAUUUGGUUCCAAGCAACAUUGCCAACACUGUUUUAAGAGGAGAGGGAGGGAUGUCCAUGUCUCAAAGUAGUCCAGGACUGGAGGAACUGACGUCUAGUGUCACGUUUUAUUCUGUUCUUUGCAGAGUUCAAGAAGAAGAAGAAAAAGAAGCAGAAGAUAUUUAUGGUGGUUCAACUGAUGAUGAACAAGAAGAAACCACAAACAAAGGUAAAGUAGAAUCCGCUGACGACGUUACCUCGGGCUCAGAAGACCUUCCCUCGUUACCAGACUUCUUCUCUCACAAGCAUUUCAUGUUGUAUGGUGAAAUUGAAAGCAAGACCAGGAGACUCCUGAUAAGAUACAUCACGGCCUAUAAUGGAACUGUUGAGGAUUACAUGAGCGACACUGUGGACUUUGUCAUAACCAACGAAAACUGGGACAAAAAUUUUGAUGAGGUGCGUAUGAUUAUUGAUCAACCGUGAUUGCUUUUAGCUUUUAAUACAGUAAAAUUGACAAGGUUUAACUAGUCUCUUUCAAAUGGAACCUUCGCAGAGAAGCUUUCUUACUGUGUAAUUUUGAAAGUCGUUACAAGGCUACUCAGAAACAGUAAAAACCUGCGUGUAAAAACCUGGUGAUUUAAUUAAAAGUAUAAGAACCUGUUUAGCCAAUCAAGAUGAACCAGGUUCUUAUAUGUGGGUUACAGCUAAAUAAUGCAAGCCUUUUUAACCGAGGAGUGUAACUUUGAGAUUGCAAAUUUAUAUUACAAGAAAGUACAUUUUACA